AUGGGAGAAACUUUGUACAGCGACGCCAUUUACGUUGCAGUGGGUCAAGAUGUUCGAGAAAGUAAAUUAACUUUGUCAUGGACACUGAAGAAUCUUCACGUGAAGAAGCUUUGCCUUCUUCAUGUUCAUCUUCCACUUUCCUUGACCACUUCUUCAAGUGGGCUAAAUGAAAGUGAGAUCAAUGCAAUCCAAGAAUCAGAACUCAGAACUUCAUAUGAAAGCCUCCACAAGUACCGUGAUACCUGCACAAACAAAGGGGUUAAAGAAGAAGAUGUGGAUAUAUCAAUGAUCUCAGGAUUUAGUGUGGGUGAAGGGAUCGUAGAGCUCAUCUAUGAGAACAAUAUCAAGAUGCUCGUUAUGGGAGCAGCUGCUGAUCCUCACUAUUCCAGGGGAAUGUCAAUCACAUCUAGAAAAGCAGAAUAUGUGAGUCAACAUGCACCUCACUGCUGUAAAAUGUGGUUCAUCUGCAAGGGGAAACUCAUCAAGACAAGAGAAGGAAGUUUUGACUUUGGGAAUCCAUCAGACUCAUACUCAGAGCUGUAUGGUUCUGCUCAAAAACCAAGCAAAGGAAUAAGAAGGGACGAUGAACAUGAAACCGAGUCAUCUAAAGCACAUCCAGAACGAAUAAUACUAGAGACUGAGGUAUCGCCAAAGAAAGUGAGGAAGGAAACUGACAAGACAAGAAACAGUGGGAGCAGCGAAGCAGACUCGAGUCCAUGUCCUCCCCAAGAUUUUAUCUGUCCCAUUAAUUUGGAGAUAAUGCGAGAUCCUCAUGUCGCUGCUGAUGGUUUCACCUACGACGCAGAGCCAAUCAGAACAUGGCUCAAGGGAGGAAAUCAAACAUCGCCAAUCACAGGAGCUAGGCUCUCCCAUCACAAUCUUACCCCAAAUUACACUCUACGUUCACUCAUCAACGACUGGCUGCAAAAGCACCCAACUUAA